AUGCAAGGAAGGGAUACCCCAACAAGACGGAUUCAGGGAAGGAUGUCAAUAAAUACGGGCAAGAAGAGCAAAGAGAACCUUCCAUGGGUCGAGAAAUACAGACCUGAAACGCUGGACGAAGUUUAUGGACAGAACGAGGUGAUCACCACGGUUCGUAAAUUUGUAGACGAGGGCAAGUUGCCGCACCUUUUGUUCUACGGGCCUCCAGGAACCGGUAAGACCUCUACAAUCGUUGCUCUGGCGCGUGAGAUAUACGGAAAGAACUACUCUAACAUGGUUCUGGAGCUAAAUGCAUCUGACGAUAGAGGCAUUGACGUGGUGAGGAACCAGAUCAAAGACUUCGCCUCCACAAGACAGAUCUUCUCUAAGGGAUUCAAGUUGAUCAUACUAGAUGAGGCAGACGCCAUGACGAAUGCCGCGCAGAACGCAUUGAGAAGAGUCAUCGAACGGUACACCAAGAACACACGGUUUUGCGUUUUGGCCAAUUACGCACACAAGCUUACUCCUGCGUUGCUGAGUAGGUGCACGCGGUUCAGGUUCCAACCUUUGCCCCAGGAGGCCAUUGAACGCCGGAUAGCCAACGUGUUGGUGUACGAGAAGCUGAAACUAUCGCCGGACGCGGAAAAAGCUCUGAUAGAGCUUUCCAACGGUGACAUGAGACGUGUGUUGAACGUCCUGCAAUCGUGCAAGGCCACUCUAGACAACCCUGACAGCGAAGAGAUCAGCGACGAUGUCAUCUACGAAUGCUGCGGGGCUCCAAGGCCGGCCGACCUUAAGAUCGUGCUAAAAUCGAUGCUGGAGGAUGACUGGGGCACCGCGCACUACACACUGAACAAGAUACGUAGCGCCAAAGGCCUGGCGUUGAUCGACCUGAUCGAGGGCAUCGUAAAGAUACUAGAGGAGUACGACCUGCAAAGCGAGGAGACAAGAGUGCAGUUGCUAACCAGGCUCGCCGACAUCGAAUACUCCAUAUCCAAGGGGGGCAACGACCAGAUCCAGGGCAGCGCCGUCAUCGGCGCCGUUAAAACCAGCUUCGAGCACGAAGCUGCCGAGGCUAAAGUAUAA